AGCGCGCCUAGGCCGACCUCGGAGUGGCGGCCCCGCGGCCAACAUGCUUCGCAAAGGGUGCUGCGUGGAGCUGCUGCUGCUGCUGCUGGCUGGGGAGCUGCCCCUGGGCGGCGGCUGCCCGCGGGACUGCGUGUGCUACCCGGCGCCCAUGACGGUCAGCUGCCAGGCGCACAACUUUGCCGCCAUCCCCGAGGGCAUUCCGGAGGACAGCGAGCGCAUCUUCCUGCAGAACAACCGCAUCACCCUCCUCCAGCAGGGCCACUUCAGCCCCGCUAUGGUCACCCUGUGGAUCUACUCCAACAACAUCACCUUCAUCGACCCCAAUACCUUCGAGGGCUUCGUGCACUUGGAGGAGCUGGACCUCGGCGACAACCGGCAGCUGCGGACGCUGGCACCGGAGACCUUCCAGGGCCUGGUGAAGCUCCACGCCCUCUACCUCUAUAAGUGUGGGCUCAGCGCCCUGCCCGCGGGCAUCUUCGCCGGUCUGCACAGUCUGCAGUACCUCUACUUGCAGGACAACCGCAUUGAGUACCUGCAGGACGACAUCUUUGUGGACCUGGUCAACCUCAGCCACCUGUUUCUCCAUGGCAACAAGCUGUGGAGCCUGGGCCAGGACACCUUCCGGGGGCUGGUGAAUCUGGACCGGCUGCUGCUACACGAGAACCAGCUGCAGUGGGUCCACCACAAGGCUUUCCACGACCUCCGCCGGCUCACCACCCUCUUUCUCUUCAACAACAGCCUCUCCGAGCUGCCCGGCGACUGCCUGGCACCCCUGGGCGCCCUGGAGUUCCUCCGCCUCAAUGGGAACGCCUGGGACUGCGGCUGCCGCGCUCGCUCCCUGUGGGAAUGGCUUCGGAGAUUCCGCGGCUCCAGCUCCGCUGUCCCUUGCACGUCCCCCGAGCAGCGGCAGGGCCAGGACCUGAAGCUGCUGAGUGCCGAGGACUUCCGGAACUGCACCGGGCCAGCGUCCCCGCACCAGAUCAAGUCACACACGCUCACCACCACCGACAGGGCUGCCCGGAAGGAACAUCACCCAGCCCGUGGCCCCGCCAGGGACAAGGGCCACCCACACGGCCAUCUGCCCGGCUCCCGGACGGGCUCUAGGAAGCCAGGCAAGAACUGCACCAGCCACAGGAAUCGCAACCAGGUCACCAAGGUGGGCGCUGGGAAGCAGGCGCAGGAGCUGCAGGACUAUGCCCCUGACUACCAGCACAAGUUCAGCUUCGACAUCAUGCCCACCGUGCGGCCCAAGAGGAAGGGCAAGUGUGCCCGCAGGACCCCCAUCCGUGCCCCCAGCGGGGUGCAGCAGGCCUCCUCCAGCAGUCCUCUGGGGGCCCCCAUCCUGGCCUGGAUACUGGGGCUGGCAGUCACUCUCGGCUGAGGACCCAGGGCACCAGCACCCAGCACUGCCACACGUCCACCAAGAAACAGAAUUUCUUUCCCUUUUUUACAAGUGGAGGAUCUGCUGGGUUUCAGACAGAGUCUGGUAAAGGCUUCGGCGGCCGUUUGGGCCCUGCCCGAUGGAUUAUAAACCCAAAGUGUACAGCCCCAAGCGAGGGGAUUAGCACGCCUCACCCGCCUAUCCCGGCUGGCCCCCGCCGAGCAGCCGCGGACGGCAGCCACCCAGCAAGGCGGUUACAGUGCUCCAGAAGAAUCCUUCAUUAGCAACAAUGGCACGGCGCCCCCCAGGAGCCGAGCUCUGUGGGAUCCUGGUUACACGGAGAGGUCGGAAGGGCCCUCACCAUUCUUGGAGGAAGCAGGACUCAGGAACAGCUGAUGCUCACCCAAGAGGCUGUGUUGACCGUCUGUCUGGGAGCACAUGAGCAGGUGGCAUUUUGGCUUUUGCCUGAAGCCACGUGGUCAACCUGCCCUGAAUCCAACAGUGUGCCACCUUUGGUCCUUUCCCUGGGGUCACACCUCUCAUUGCUGAUGUCUCAGGCAGCCCUGGCGCACCCAGCCCAGACCCUGGGCUCCAAGAACCAAUUACCAAAGGAAAGAUCAUCAGAGGCUGAAAUUCAGAACUUCAUCAGGUGCAAUGAGGUUCUCACAGGAGGUGCAAUUUUAUAACUAUGUCCACUUAUAUAUAUACACACACUCUACAUAUAUAUAUACACACAAAGGCACAGGUCCCCUGCCCCACUCCCCUACCAAACUGUAUGUCUUAUCAUGUUUAUAAACUAUAUGGAACACUAUUAUCUGCUGAACUAACGAUUGUAUUGGUGAUUUCUAGCAAGAAAAGAGUGAUAGGAUUUUUGUCUAGAAUCCCAACCUGCAAUGACAGUCCCUAUGUAACCAGGGCUUGCCAGGGGCACGGGCACAUGGUCAGUAGGGAGGCAGCAAAGGGUCAGAGAGAAGGGGAGGCAGCAAGGGUCACUUCAGGGGACCAAUAUUCUUAGAUAUUUAGAGCAUCACCUUGUUUUUAUAUGCAACACAAGCCCGUCUGCUGCCCCAGAACACAAUCAUCCCCACUACAGUAACUGCUGGCACCUGGGUGAGAAGCGAGGAGCAGCUUGGUGGACAUCAGGGAGCCAGGUAUGGGGUCAGGCUGGACAGAGAAGGGGAAGGAAGGAGCUUUGGGUCUCUUAGGCCGUUGGGUGAAGCAGCCUUCACAGUGUUAGUUCAACAAGCUGGGCAGUGUCGUCAGCCUAGCGUUUUGCCAGCGAUGGCCUAGACAGGCCCGGACACUGGGCCUGAGCCCAGGCCUCCAGCACAGCUCAGCUGCUGAAUUAUUCCUUGGGGCUCUUUGACGAGCACCCCAGCGUGGGCCCAGGGUAGCGUGGUAGGACGGAAAGCAUCGGGUGGACCUUAGCAGAGGGAUACAGGGAGGGCGUUUCAAGAACCGUCUUGGGCACUUCUGCAUUGUGGAGGCCCUGCCCCUACUGGCCCUUCUGAAGAUGCCCAGGGAUGGGUAGAGGUCAAGGGGCCAGACUCAGGAGGGGGGACGUGCAGGGAAUAAAACAGGCCCAGACAGGGCACCGGGCUCCGGUCCAGGUCGGCCAUGCUGCUAGCUGGGGCCCCAGUGGGCACAGUCUCCUUUGCGCUUUGCACAAAUCUGAAUCCCCCCCCAGAGAGGAUGUAUAUGAG